AUGGCUUCAGCCGUCAUGACACCAGCAAUUUUAUCUGCAUUGCGGAAUCAUCCCGUCUUACCACAGCACAGUUGGUACAUUGUUGCAGCUUCGGCAUUGACAAUAUUGAACCGCCCGGAUGAGAUAGCAAAGGUCUAUUCAUUUGCUCUUGAGCACGGCAGCCAUGGUGCCGAGGUCAAGCCAAGCCACGAAGACAAGCUGGCCAUUUCAAGAAGGAUCAGAGAGGCACUGAUCAAGACCUCUGCAGUUGGAGGCCUGCCCAAGACGAUCAACGCCUUGCUGUCACUGAAGCAGGUUACGCCUGACGAGCUCAUCGAUGAGCCUGGCGCUCCUUCGCCGACAGGCAGAAUGGAGGACAUCCAUAACGUGCCGUAUUCCGAGAUCCUCGAGAGAGGACGUACCUUUUUCGACAUGAUCUACGGCAAGAUAGCCAAGCGGGUCAUGGGGCAAAUGGACAGAUCUGGUACCGAAGACCUUGGGCUCAUUGCCCGGCUCGAAUACGGGCACGUCUUGAGCAACACCAGGAUCCUCUCGCCUACCGAGACCUCCUUCGUCUUGAUCGCGGGUCUUAUUCCGCAGGAUGUGAACCCUCAGCUCAAGGGUCACCUCCGAGGUGCAUUGAAUGGAGGCGCAACCGUUGAGCAGGUACGUGCAGUUCGGGAAGUCACCCAGAUGAUCUGCCACGCCUCAGGCAUGAAGCGGCUGGCUGAAGACGCCGUCGGAGGGUGGGGAUGGCGGAGCGAUGUCGCCAACGUCUAG